GUUUUCAUGCAUAACAAUAUAUUAUAGUACAAAAUACAGUAUAUACCUGUACGCUGCACCUUUGUAGUGUUUAACUCGAACGAAAGAGAUCUGAUUCAAUCCAAGGCAAUAUGCUGUAUUACGUAUUAGGCGCGAUAUUUGCCUUUAUAAUUGCGAUGGCCCUGGUGCUGUUCAAAACAAUGGCGCGUAUGUGCAAGGAGGUUAAGGUCGUGGAUCCACUCCCCGAACAAAGAAAACGAGCUGAGAAGCAUUACAUCCGGUCUCCGUUGUACACGCGAGUGCCUGAAUUGCAGGGGAAGUUGCCUUGGGAACCGUCACUGCGGGAAAUUGACGAGUCACCUGUGGACUGGCUGCAAUUACAUCUGCCCGGGGCGAAUAAGACAGUCACAAUCAGCGUGAAGCGAGAAGGAUUGCUAUCAACCAAGUACGGAGGGAAUAAGGUACGAACUUUAGAGCACCUUCUUCCCACUGCAGUCGCGCAGAUGAAGCUUGAGGGCCGAAAAGGUCACUUCGUGGGUCUCGGGGCUCCCGGAUCAAAUCAGGUGACCGCUAUGGCUGCGCAUGCAGCAGCAGCCAACGCCGACAUUAGGUUCAUGUUUAUAGCGCCCGAGGGAGACAGCCCCGAUAAUGCACUAAACCUUGCUUCCGUAUUGUCAUAUCCAUACGCCGUCCUGGAUACAACGCACAGCUUGUUGCUAGCAUUCUACAGAGUUGUCAAACUGACUUGGUUUGAAAAAGACAACCUCGUGUGCCCACUUGGCGGAGCGGCUGUUCCAGGCGUCUUUGGCCAUAUCAAUGCCGUGUUGGAGUUGGCUGAUCAAAUAGAGAGAGGGUACGCACAUGACCCUACCGAUAUAUACCUGGCUCUUGGCAGUGGCUGCACGACUGCUGGUUUGAUGUGUGGUAUCGCCGUCUCCCGAACUCUAGGCGGCAGAAAGGCUUUCUCGAAGCCAGUUAAGAUCCAUGCCACAAUUAUACACCACUUGUUUGCCAAGAUUCCUUUUAUGGUGAAAAAUAAAACAGAGAAGCUGGCCAAGGCUACCCUGCGCGAGUUGAAGCGAUUGACUGGGUUGGAUGCCUUACCUGAAUUUGUUGAGAAUGUACUGCCCUAUGUUUAUUUUGAGGGGAAGUUUGCUGGCCAGUACGGCUCGCCGACUGAUGAAAUGCUCAUGGCUAAGGUGGUCUUUGAAGACGGCACGCACCAUCAUAGAUCUAUGGAAAGAAAUGUGGAGGGCGAAAAUUCGGACACCACAGACUCGCAACGCAAUGAGAAGGUCAGUGCAAACGGCACAACAAAGCCCACCAAACCAUGGUACUGUAGCACAUUCUCAGGGAAGGGUGCAGCGUUCCUACUAUCAAACCUGGAAAUUAUUGCGGCUGAACAGUCAAACACGCAGCCUUUAAUUGCAAGCGUUGUUCAACAGAAGCAAAUGUCUAGCGAAACAAAGGCAGACGAUAAAAUAGCCCCACAAUCGUCAACAAAGAGCGCCGGAACGGGAACGAGAAAAAUUGCAAAGGGGGAUGGGAGCUUUGGUAUGUACGACCACGACAGCAAUGCGAGCGAGAAAGUUACUGGUUUUGAUACAAGAAGUGUGGAACAUCUCGACAUGAAGAAUAUCCUAUUUUGGUCAACGAAGAGUUGUGUACAACCCUUUGCCAACGAUGGGUUCAAUUCGUUGUUCGCGAGAGCGGACACGGAUAUUACUCCCGCCAUGCGUGAGUGGCUGUACAAGGGUGGUGUUGUCGAUCACAAGGCCCUCUCAUCCGUCCUCCGAAACACUCGUCAUAAUAUGCAAUGAGUUAGACUGUUAGUAGGGUACAUUUACUACAGUGAAAUGUUUACAGGGGCAGGGUCACCCUGGGCACGACCUUGAAGUGGUGCAAAAUGUAGCGUGAAGCAGACGCUGAAUGGAGCACCAUAGUUCACGACCUGUGCGUGCGUUUCGAAGUAUCUGUUUGGAAUGUUGGUAGCUUAGCUAUUCUUGGGCAAACAAUUGCUUGUUUUAGCAUAUGCUGCCUGGCCGUCAUGGAUGUGUACUGUACCAGCGUGCUACAGUGCUGAACGUGCGGAUAACAGCGAAAGUUUUGACACUUGGCCGGUAGUUUUGUAGAAACCCAACAAGGCAAGAUCAGUGACAAAGUUGGUUAGGCAGUGUCCGAAUCAGAUAUUAAAAUCAAGUGUCA